AUGACCAAGCUGCCUCCCGUCGAGAAGUUCCCCCUUGCAGUCCGCAAGAAUAUCCGUGACAAAUGGGACAGCCAAAAGGACCAGUUUGCCAAAGAUCUCUCUGAACUUCUCGGCACCGAAUGGGCUAUCGAGGUGGACCUCCCGCAGGUUUUCGCCUACGCUGAAAGUGGCACUUGGUCCUAUGAUUCGUUUGGUAGCAGCGUUGCUGAGCACGUUAGGGGGGGCAUCGGCCGCCUCCGAGACUUUAUUGAGAGAUAUGAUGCUGAAACAGUCAACGAGAUCAAUACUAUUUGCCACGCCCACAUCCUCACCCUUGACGUCGACGAGGAGAGCCGCUUCGACUGCGGGGGUGCUGAUGUCCUAGAUGGGAAGCUUCGCAUCCUCUUCGCACCAGAAAAGCUCAAUAGCAACAUCGGGGACGCCUUCAAGGAAGAGAGGCUUCUCAAAGCCUUCAACGACGCCCCUCCACCCGCAGGUGACGAAAAGCCCCUGAGCUUCAUUACCCGCCUCUUCAAGAGGAUCAAGUAUGACGCUAAGAUCGAGGAGAUCCGCACUCAGAUCGGGGAGGCUCUGAACAAGCCCGACAUUAAGCUCACGCCCAAUUUCGAGGAUACCUAUGCCAAGCUUAAGGUCGAGUCACAAGCUAAAGAUAACAGGCUUGACCAGAAGCAUUGGGAAGAGCAUAUCCCUGACUGGACGUUUCGAUACUUCAAAGGCUUCCUAGGCUCGAUCAAGUGGCAGCAUUUUGACACGGACGACAUGUUGCAGGAAGGUUUCAAUGAGGCUGUGGACAAGGGAGAGAUUGCGUUCAGAAUUGUAGAUACCACCAAGUCGGGGACCUCCGAGUUCGCGAUUGAGGAUGGUGUUUUCUAUCUCCAGGUCACCGCCAGGAAUUGGGGAUCGAAUAUUGAUGAUGCGGCUCGGGGCAUCGUUGACAAGCUCUAA